GCAAGCGCAUGUGUUUGACAACUCACGUUUUGUAUUAGAAUUGUUCAAUAAACCACUUUCCGUAAUCUUUAAAAUAGUUGAAAAUUUGCAAGUCUUAUAAAGUGUUUUCUGAUACAUUUUACAAGUCCUCAAUUAAUAUCAAAUUAGAUCUGUCAAUCUGUGAAACUACCAGACUUGUAUUUAUAAAUCUUAUUUUGUGAGGUGUUUUUAGUGUGUUGUGCUAUUUCUUUUUAUCCAGAGGUAUAGUCCGUCUACAUAAUAUUGACAUUCACCUUUUAGAGGUCGGCGCGUACGGCUUCGAAACACGUCGCACCAAUCAUUUUGGGGCAAUAGCAUGCAUGAAAGAAGAUAACAAGAUUUCGUGAAAUAUUCGUGUGAAUGUAAAUCUACCGACGCUAUUUAAAUUGUGUUUAAAUAUAGACUUAAAAGUAAAAACACAGAUACGGUCUUGUCUGUUAUAUCGUGUACGAUGAGAUAAUAACAGCUAUUCGAGUGUUCGUUGUUAUUGCGUAUUGAACAACACAAACAUGCGGACGUCAAAGUUGAAGAUACUCAAUUUGGUCGCCGUUAAUAAGGAGAUUGUAAGAACGGUAACCGCUACCAGCGCUGCUGUGAAAACAGACAACAUAAAACCAUGGACCGAAAUACCAGGACCGUCAUCCUUGCCUAUCAUUGGACAACUCCACCAUUUUUUGCUAGGAGAACUUUCGAAGAUAGAGCAAAACAAAGUGACUAUGAAGCUAUUCGAGACCCACGGCCCAAUAGUGAGGUUUGACGAGAUGUUGGGGAAACCAGCCAUGAUAUUGUUGUAUGAGCCUGAGUGUUGUUCGAAGGUGUUGAGAAGUGAAAACUGGACGCCAAUGCGUAGUGGUUUUCAGUCUCUUGAAUACUACAGAAAGGUCCUCAAAAAGCAAAGGGGGCACAAGUCACGCGUUUCCGGUCUUAUAUCUGAUCACGGGGAGGUCUGGAAAGAGUUCCGUUCAACAGUCAACCCAGUUAUGUUGCAGCCGAAGACCAUCAAACUAUACUGUUCUGUCCUCGACGAGGUGGCACAAGACAUGAUUGUGAGAAUGAAAUCUCUUCGCGAUGAAAAUAACAUGAUUAAGGAAAACUUUGAUACAGAGAUGAAUUUAUGGGCUUUGGAGUCCAUAGGCACUGUUGCUCUUGGUUGCCGAUUAAACUGCUUCCGUAAGGAUCUGCCAGACGACUCUCCUGAAAAGCAGCUGAUACAGUGCAUCCACGACCUCUUCAUAAUAGCUAACGAAAUAGACUUUAAACCUAAUCUCUGGAGAUACUUUUCAACACCACUGUUCAAGAAAGCGAUGAGAUUGUAUGAGCAUCAUGAAACAUUGACGAAAUAUUUCUUGCAAAAGGGAAUAGACCAGCUUAAAACUAAAUCUGAUAACGAUAACGAGAAAGGUGUGUUAGAGAAAUUACUUGAAAUCGAUGAAGAAGUAGCAUACAUCAUGGCCAGUGACAUGUUAUUCGCUGGAGUUGAUACGGCUGCGAAUACUAUAACAGCUACACUUUACUUGCUGGCGACAAACCCUGACAAACAGGAUAAACUUAGAGCAGAGAUCAUGUCCAAAUCAGAAAAGAGGCCUUAUUUGAAAGCUUGCAUCAAGGAGUCGUUACGAGUGAUGCCAGUCGUGUCAGGAAACAUGAGGCAGACGACGAAGGAUAUAGACGUGAUGGGGUAUAGAAUACCCAAAGACAUGCAUGUUGUUUUUGCGAACCAGGACAUGUCUUCAAUGGAACAGCAUUUCCCCAGAGCUAAGGAGUACAUCCCUGAGCGAUGGGUGACAGAUAAGAGUGAUCCCAUGUACUACGGCAACACACAUCCCUUCGUCUACAUGCCGUUUGGUUUCGGCACCCGAAGCUGUAUAGGCCGUCGUAUUGCUGAAUUGGAAGUCGACACAUUUGUGGCACGCUUAAUAGAAAACUUCAAAGUAGAGUGGGUUGGAUCAGCUCCCACUGUCUCCCAAACAUCCCUCAAUUAUGUCAAAGGGCCAUUCAAUUUUAUAUUUAAAGACGUGUAAAUUUUACCCAAAUGAAAGUAAUUUUUUAAAAUAAUAUACAAAUUUAUUUUGUUAAUUUGUAAAAUUGCCAAAUUUUUGACACGAUGAAAUAUUUUUAUACUGUCAUGGCCCACCAAUGAGCUUCUUUUACGAUUUUACGCUACUCAUUUACGUAAUAAAAUUACUCAAAAAAUAA